AGCAUGAUUAUCUCUUCAACUCAAUGACUUCUUCCAUUUGCUCCUUAAAAUUUAUAAUACAAAGUGUUUACAAACCUAGGUACGCACUCACCGCACGUACGGGGGCUCAAGCCACAACAUCCAAAAAAACAAAACCUCCGUCGCGUUCGGAGACAAAAGGGGCGUGGCCCUAGUGCGGGGCUCUCUACCUCCUUUUAUCUCCAUAGUCCGAAGCCGAAAGCCUGAGCCUGAGCCUGAAAGCAUCGCGAGAUACUUAGGUUAGGUAGUUAGGGAGGCCAUUACCAAGAGAACAAAUACGGUAUAUAUAAGUAGGUUGUGCAACGAGUCUUUGGUAACUAGAAGAAGAAGAAGAGACUACUAUCAAUCUGCAAAUUCCGAGAUUUCCAAAGUCCUUGUUGCAAAUGGCCCCGCUCUACAAGAAAACCCUCGUCAUCGGCGCCACGUCCGGCAUUGGCGAGGCCCUCGCCGCGAGACUGCAUGCCGAGGGUACUUGUGUCAUUGUUACCGGCCGCCGCAAGCAUCGUCUCGAUGCGUUUGUCGCGAAGCACCCCGGAUCCAGCGGUGUCGUAGUCGACAUCACCAAAUUCGACGACAUCCCGUCCUUCGUCGCCUCCGUCACGCAGCAGCACCCUGAUAUCGACAGCGUGGUGCUCAACGCCGGCAUCCAGCGGCCGUUCAACUUCGCCAAGCCCGAGACCGUAGACCUGUCUACCUUCGCGGAGGAGUUCAACACUAACUACGUGUCUUUCGUGCACUUGGUUAAGGCCUUCCUGCCGCACUUACAGCGCGUGUCCAAGGAUGCCGAGGAUGCCGAGGCGCAUUUGGUAUUUAUAAACGCCUCGCUGGCGCUUGUACCGACGUUAACCCGUACACCCGGGUAUAACGCCAGCAAGGCAGCACUUCACUCAUUCAUCGUGAAUGUGCGACAGCAAAUCAAAGACGCUGGUUAUAAGAUCCGCUUUGUCGAAGUGUUCCCUCCCGCGGUGCAGACAGAAAUCCAUGACACGAAGCACCAACCGGACAUGAUAAACGGCCACGAGAUAGGUAUGCCCCUUGGCCUUUACACCGAGCGGAUGUACGAGGGCCUGCAGAAGGGUGAUGAGCAGUUUGCUAUCGGGCACGCAGAGGAAUGGCUCAAUGAGGACGGCUUCGAGGCUACGCGGGCGAAGCUAUUCGAGCAAGGUCAUGUCACCAUCAAGGGGGCCCUGGCAAAGUAUGUAAAGAGUGCAUAGUAGAUAGUAUUCU